AUGUCCUCAAUUACCUUGACCGGUGCCAACGACAAACAAGUCACGUUAAAUACCGGCUUGUUCAUCAACAAUGAGUUCAUGCAGGCACAGGAGGGAUGUACCUUAUCCAUCGAAAAUCCUUCCACUGGCGAGGCCUUGACAUGCAUGUCGGCAGCCCAGAAAGGGGAUGUUGACAAGGCCGUCGCUGCCGCGAAAGCUGCCUUUGAAAAUGACUGGAAAUCAGUGUCGCCAUCCAAGAGAGGCCAGCUCCUUAACCGGCUUGCUGACCUCGUCGAAAGAGAUGCCGAUGAUCUAGCUAGCCUCGAAGCUCUGGACGCCGGCAUCUUGUUUGCCGAGUCCAAGAGUCUACACAUUCCCCAGGCGGUGGAAACUCUCCGUCACUUUGCUGGUUGGGCGGAUAAGAUCACCGGGCAGCUUCUUCAGAUCCCUCAAGGCGUCGCCUACACUCGAAAGGAACCCAUCGGAGUGUGUGCGGCGAUCGUGCCAUGGAACUCUCCACUUAUGAUCACCUGCUGGAAGCUUGCACCGGCCAUCGCGGCGGGUAACACGCUUAUCAUCAAGACUCCAGAAGCCGCACCGCUGUACGGGCAGAAGCUGGCAAGCUUGGCUCGUGAAGCUGGCUUCCCACCAGGUGUAAUCAACAUCAUCUGCGGCGAGGGCCAUGUUGCCGGAGAGGCCCUGGCCGAGCAUCAUGGCGUGCGAAAGAUUGCUUUCACCGGCAGCACUGUGGUAGGCAGACGUAUAAUGCAGGCUGCUGCAGCAUCAAACCUUAAGAAGGUGACUCUCGAGCUCGGAGGUAAAGGACCUUCGAUCGUUUUUGCCGAUGCAAACAUCGAUAAUGCUCUUUUCUGGACGACGCUAGGUUUCACAGCCAACAACGGGCAAGUGUGCGCAUCCGGAUCCCGUAUUUACGUUCACUCGAGCAUUUACGACUCCUUCUUGAAAUCCUUCGCUGCUCGUUUGACCGAAGCAGUCCACGGAGAUCCUCUUCUUCCGGACACAACCAAAGGUCCGCUCGUCAACUGGAAGCAGCACGAAAGGGUACUCGGAUAUAUCGAAGGCGCAAAGUCUGAGGGGGUGCGACUGCUGACGGGUGGUGAUCGCCUGGGGAACAGCGGCUACUUUGUUGCCAACACUGCCUUUGCUGACGUUCCCGACAAUGCAAAGAUUAUGCGGGAGGAGAUAUUCGGUCCUGUAGCAGCCAUUGCUAAGUUCGAUUCAGAGGAUGAAGCCAUCACGAAGGCUAAUGACAGCGAGUAUGGAUUAAGUGCAGCAAUCUUCACUAACAACGUGAAUCAGGCCAACCGGGUGGCAGCCGCUAUCGAGAGUGGGCAGGUGACUGUUAACUGCUGGGGUCUACUCCACGCCAACGCUUCGUUUGGAGGUGUCAAACAGUCUGGAUUUGGUCGUGACUUGGGCGAGGAGGCUUUAGAUGGGUGGUUGACAACGAAGACUGUAAAGUUCAAUACUCUUUCGGAAUAG